UCGCCUCUGAGAUGGCUCGCACGAAGCAGACGGCCCGCAAGUCGACCGGCGGCAAGGCCCCGCGCAAGCAGCUGGCCACCAAGGCGGCCCGCAAGAGCGCGCCGGCCACCGGCGGCGUCAAGAAGCCGCACCGCUACCGGCCCGGCACGGUGGCCCUGCGCGAGAUCCGGCGCUACCAGAAGUCCACCGAGCUGCUGAUCCGCAAGCUGCCGUUCCAGCGGCUGGUGCGCGAGAUCGCGCAGGACUUCAAGACCGACCUGCGCUUCCAGAGCUCGGCCGUCAUGGCCCUGCAGGAGGCGUGCGAGGCCUACCUGGUGGGGCUCUUCGAGGACACCAACCUGUGCGCCAUCCACGCCAAGCGCGUCACCAUCAUGCCCAAGGACAUCCAGCUGGCGCGCCGCAUCCGCGGGGAGAGGGCCUAAAUGUGAUUUCCUGGUUCCGUGCCAACUUUAAACCCAAAGGCUCUUUUCAGAGCCACCCAAUUAGUUUCAGCAAAAGUGGCUGUGAUACUUUCGGUACUCUUGACUGUGACCCUGACCCUGCUAAGUUGGGAAUCCGUGCUAACCCUGGUCAUUGGCAUAUUCUACGACGGAAUGAUCAGGUUCAACAGUGGAAUAGUAGACUUGCGGUGAAUUUUCCUAGAUAAGCGAGAGUAGCUUGACAGUAACGAGCCAUUUUAAACGGUAGCA